AUGAUCAGAGGCGUGGGCACUCGCAAAGGCACUCUUCCCAGAAACACUAAUUACUCGGCCAAGUUAAUUAAAAGCAGGGAGACAGUGAUCGAAAGCUUCAACAGAAAACAGAAAUGGAGUUUGCAGUUGAGGACAGGAGACAACGAGCUGAAAAAAGACGGCGUUUGUGGAUGCUUCUCGGGUUGCGUCGCCGCCGCAAGCCAUCGGUGUGGGCCUUAA